AUGGAGGGUUCGGCGACAGGGGGAAAUCACGGAGGCGAUCCUCGCGCCGAGCAUGCCGCAACCAAGGAGUCCGAGGAGGCGGCAACGCAACACCAUCUGACGCUGCUCCAGACGAGCGUGGUCGAAGUUUCUGCAGCCGUACUGGAUAAAGACAAGGUGGCACAGCACGAGUCGGUGGGGCUGGUCGGUGGCUCUCCUCCUUCAGGUGGACGGGGAAGGCGUAGGCAAAGGAAGAGCGAUGGGGAGGAGGAUGAUGACACCGCCGUGCCCGGGGACCUCACCACGCGAGCGAAGAGGCGCCAGACGACAGGUAGUGCUGACAACGCCGGAGGCGCGGAAGUUGACACACCGCGAGGCGCCAAGGAAGCUAGUGGCAAGGCGGGCGGUCAAGCAUUGCGCCAGAAGGGCCGCCCCGCAGCAAGAAAAGCAUCUGGCGGAAGGAGAGGCAAGAAAGCAGCGACAGGAACGAGGCCGAAACAGGGCGAUGAAGACCCCGGUGAUACGGAGGAGGAGGAGGAUGAGGAGGAGGAUGCGGAGGGAGAGGAGGAUGAAGAGGAAGCGGAGGAGCAAGACGCGGAUGUCGGGGAGGAUGCUAAAGAUGAGAAUGAUGGCGGGGAGGACGAAGAGGAGGAGGAGGAGGAGGAGGAGGAGGAGGAGGAGGAGGAGGAGGAGGAGGAGGAGGAGGAGGAGGAGGAGGAGGAGGGGGAUGAGGAGGAGGAGCAGGGUGACGAGGAGGAGGAGGAGGAGGAGGAGGAGGAGGAGGAGGAGGAGGAGGAGGAGGAGGAGGAGGAGGAGGAGGAGGAGGAGGCAUCAGAGAAGGAGGAGGAGGAGGAGGAGGAGGAGGAGGAGGAGGAGGAGGAGGAGGAGGAGGAGGAUGUGGCGCCAGGGAAGAGACGGGGCGGGCGGCGGUCGGGUGAAAGUGAGGAGCACGAGCAGUUUGUUACACGGGAGGAGUUCCAGGCGCUGCGGUCUGAGAUGUACGCCAUGUUUGCACAGCUCGGCCUGCGUCGUGGAGUACCUGCCAGCUAUGUCGGCGGGCCGGCAGCCCUGCCUAUGGCUGGUACCCCGCCGCCGAUGAGCGCCGUGGACAAGGCACGAGUGCUAGUGUUGCAGGAGACAAACCCAUUCCCAGUAUGUGGCGGGCCAAAUGGGGCGGGUUGGGGUUGA